AUGGCGGAAUCAAGCAACUAUCUGCAACCAUCAAUUCCCAAAUUUGAUGGUCACUAUGAUCAUUGGUCAAUGCUAAUGGAGAAUCUAUUGAGAUCCAAAGAGUAUUGGAGUCUCAUCGAGGAUGGAGUAAUUGUGGCUCCUACAGGAGCAUCACAAGAUCAAAUUCAAGCUGCGAAUGAGAGCAAACUGAAAGAUCUGAAAGCAAAGAACUACUUGUUUCAAGCAAUUGAAAGAUCAAUUCUUGAAACAAUCCUCACUCGAGGCACUACGAAGGAUAUAUGGGAUUCUAUGCGCCAGAAGUAUCAAGGAUCCACCAAGGUCAAGAGAGCACAGUUGCAGGCUCUGAGGAAGGAAUUUGAGAUUCUGAACAUGAGAAUUGGUGAAUCCAUUGAUGAAUAUCUUUCAAGAACACUGAGUAUUGUAAACAAGAUGGCGAGUCAUGGUGACACCAUCACUCAGAGCACAAUAGUUGAGAAGAUCUUGCGUUCUUUAACUUCAAGAUUCAACUAUGUGGUUUGUUCUAUUGAAGAGUCCAAUGACACCACCACAAUGAAUGUGGAUCAACUACAGAGUAGUUUGCUUGUUCAAGAACAACGAAUGAAGCAUCAGAGAGAUGAACAAGAACAGAUUCUGAAAGUAUCCAAUGGUGGAAGAGGCUCUGGUGGCAGAGGAGAGAACUCUUAUGCAAGGGGUGAUCAUGAGGAAGGAAUCCCAUAUCUUUGGUAG